AUGGAUCACAACGGCCUUUUUAGCGACUCUGAGACAGAUGUCUCUGAAGCCAAGGAGCACGAAACUCGCACCGCUCCUCAUCGCAACAUGCGAGAAGCCUCCAGUGCUGAAACUCUCGCCUUCUACAAUGCGGACAACACACCAAAGCCCCAGAAAACUUCAGAAUGGGGCAUGACCCCUCAACUGGUUCGACAACAAGAACGUGAAACCGCAGCAGGCUUCAAAAGGCGCGAGCUCGGUGUCACCUGGGAUAAUCUCACGGUUGAGGUCCCCGCUGCUUCGGCCGCUAUCAAGGAAAACCAACUGUCUCAAUACAACAUACCGCAACUUUACAAAGACUGGCGUCAGAAGCCGCCUAUGAAAUGUAUUCUCAAGGACAGUCACGGCUGUGUGAAGCCUGGAGAAAUGCUACUGGUCCUGGGUCGCCCGGGAUCAGGCUGUACCACCCUCCUCAAACUACUUUCCAACCGUCGGCUAGGAUACCAUUCAAUUAAAGGCAAUGUCCGGUUCGGCAACAUGACUGAGAAAGAGGCUGCUCAGUAUCGAGCCCAGAUCGUGAUGAACACCGAAGAGGAGCUUUUCUACCCUCGACUGACGGUCGGCCAGACGAUGGACUUUGCCACCAAACUGAAAGCUCCUGCUCAUCUUCCGGACGGCACCAGCUCAGAGAAAGACUACUCAGCUGAGACCAAACAGUUUCUUUUGGAAUCUAUGGGAAUCGCCCAUACGUUUGAAACGAAAGUUGGCAACGAGUUUGUUCGUGGUGUGUCUGGCGGUGAACGAAAACGUGUAUCGAUUAUCGAAUGCCUGGCUACGAGAGGGUCAGUAUUCUGCUGGGAUAACAGCACCCGUGGCCUUGAUGCAAGUACAGCAUUGGAAUGGGCCAAGGCUCUUCGCGCCAUGACCGACGUCCAGGGCCUUUCGACCAUCGUCACCCUAUAUCAAGCUGGAAACGGCAUCUAUAACCUUUUCGAUAAAGUCUUGGUCUUGGAUGAAGGAAAGCAGGUAUUUUACGGCCCAGCUGCGGAUGCGAAGCCAUUCAUGGAAGACUUGGGGUUUGUGUAUACGGACGGUGCUAAUAUUGGUGACUUUCUCACCGGUGUGACCGUACCUACCGAACGAAAGAUCCGCCCUGGCUUUGAAAACACAUUUCCUAGGAAUGCUGAUGCCAUUUUGGCAGAGUAUGAGCGAUCUCCACUUCGCAACUCUAUGGCAUCGGAAUACGACUAUCCGAACUCUCAAGAUGCGCGCGACCGAACCGAAUCGUUUAAAGAGUCUAUUGCCUUUGAAAGAAACAAACAUUUGCCGAGAAAUACUGUUCUGACUACUAGCUUCAUGACACAACUCAAAGCAUGCACCCGCCGCCAAUAUCAGAUCCUGUGGGGCGAAAAGUCAACCUUUUUGAUCAAACAGGUCCUGUCACUCGCCAUGUCUCUCAUCGCCGGCGCUUGCUUCUAUAAUUCACCUGACACAUCUGCUGGCCUUUUUACCAAAGGCGGCGCCGUCUUCUUCUCACUCUUGUAUAACUGCAUCGUCGCUAUGUCCGAAGUUACAGAGUCGUUCAAGGGACGGCCCGUCCUGGUUAAACACAAGUCCUUUGGCUUCUACCAUCCAUCUGCAUUUUGUCUGGCGCAAAUUACAGCAGACAUUCCUGUAUUAUUGUUGCAGUGCACUAUUUUCACUGUUGUGAUAUACUGGAUGACCGGGCUCAAAGCCACCGCAUCCGCAUUCUUUACGUUCUGGGCCAUUCUCUGGGCAACUACUCUGUGCGUUACGACCUUAUUUAGAAGUAUCGGCGCCGCAUUCAGUACUUUCGAAGCCGCUUCGAAGAUCUCCGGAACGGCCAUUAAGGGAAUUGUCAUGUACGCUGGAUACAUGAUCCCGAAGCCGCAGAUCAAGAACUGGUUUCUGGAGCUGUACUAUACCAACCCAUUUGCGUAUGCGUUCCAAGCAGCCUUAUCGAAUGAAUUCCAUGACCAGCAUAUCCCCUGCGUGGGCACCAACCUCGUCCCUAGUGGACCUGGGUAUGAGAAUGUUGAUUCUGCCAACAGGGCCUGCACUGGAGUCGGUGGCGCUUUGCCGGGUGCGGAUUAUGUCACUGGUGACCAGUAUCUAUCCUCACUGCAUUACAACCACUCUCAGCUCUGGCGGAAUUACGGUAUUGUUUGGGUUUGGUGGGCCUUAUUUGCCGCCAUCACCAUUGUCUGCACAUGCCUUUGGAAUGCCGGCAGCGGCAGCGGUGCUUCGCUACUAAUCCCACGCGAAAAGCUCAACAAGUUCCGCGCCUCCGUGGACGAGGAAUCACAGAGUCAAGGAGCAGAGCAAUCAAAAGAAACCACUGUUGGCAAUGGUGCGGGAGAAGUGGAUGGCAACUUGUCUCGCAACACUUCCAUCUUCACUUGGAAGAAUCUCAAGUAUACGGUCAAAACACCAUCGGGUGAUCGUGUGCUCUUGGACAAUAUCCAUGGAUGGGUCAAACCAGGUAUGCUCGGAGCACUGAUGGGCUCCUCUGGCGCGGGUAAGACUACCCUGCUCGAUGUCCUCGCCCAACGGAAAACCGACGGCACUAUCAACGGUAGUAUUCUUGUGGAUGGUCGCCCUUUACCGGUUUCCUUUCAAAGAAUGGCUGGGUAUUGCGAGCAACUGGAUGUCCAUGAGCCCUUUGCCACGGUCCGUGAAGCUCUCGAAUUUUCCGCGCUACUGCGCCAGCCUCGAACAACUUCAAAAGCCGAAAAGCUCAAGUAUGUCGAAACUAUUAUUGACCUUUUGGAGCUCCAUGAUUUAGCAGAUACGCUUAUCGGCACUGUUGGAAAUGGUCUUAGCGUUGAGCAGAGGAAGCGUGUUACUAUCGGCGUCGAGCUCGUGUCCAAGCCAAGUAUCUUGAUCUUUCUUGAUGAACCUACUUCUGGUUUGGACGGCCAAUCUGCGUAUAACACUGUCCGCUUUCUACGUAAAUUGGCUGAUGUUGGCCAGGCUGUGUUGGUCACAAUCCAUCAGCCUUCAGCUCAAUUGUUUGCACAGUUUGACACUCUCUUACUGCUCGCACGUGGAGGUAAAACGGUUUACUUCGGCGACAUUGGCGACAACGGAAAGACUAUCAAGGAAUAUUUCGGGCAAUACGGUGCCGCUUGCCCCGUCGAGGCCAAUCCCGCCGAGUUCAUGAUUGAUGUCGUCACUGGUGGCAUCGAAAGCGUCAAGGACAAGGACUGGCACCAAAUUUGGCUCGAGUCUCCAGAACACGAUCAAAUGAUUACUGAACUCGAUAACAUGAUCUCCGAAGCUGCUGCUAGGCCUGCCGGGACUGUUGAUGAUGGUUAUGAAUUCUCAAUGCCAAUGUGGGAGCAAAUCAAAAUUGUGACACAGCGCAUGAACGUUGCUCUAUUCCGAAACACCAAUUAUAUCAACAACAAAUUUUCAUUACAUGUUAUUUCCGCAUUGCUCAAUGGAUUUUCAUUCUGGCGAGUUGGUGGUAGCGUAUCCGACCUGGAACUCAAAAUGUUCACAGUUUUCAACUUUGUCUUUGUUGCACCUGGCGUUAUUAACCAACUUCAACCGCUUUUCAUCCAAAGACGGGAUAUCUAUGACGCGCGAGAGAAAAAGUCAAAGAUGUACUCCUGGGUCUCCUUUGUUAUUGGCCUGAUUGUGUCUGAGUUCCCCUACCUCUGCGUGUGCGCGGUCCUUUAUUUCGCCUGUUGGUAUUACUGCGCGCGAUUGAAUGAUAAUUCAAACCGCUCUGGUGCGACAUUUUUCAUCAUGCUCAUAUACGAGUUCAUCUACACGGGUAUCGGCCAAUUCGUCGCGGCUUAUGCACCCAAUCCCACAUUCGCGGCUUUAGUGAAUCCUCUCAUUAUCAGCAUCCUCACCCUCUUUUGCGGCAUCUUCGUCCCGUAUAGACAGCUGAAUGUCUUCUGGAAGUAUUGGCUAUACUGGUUGAACCCCUUCAAUUAUGUUGUUUCGGGUAUGCUCACUUUCACCAUAUGGGGCACCGGGGUUCACUGUAAGGAGGAAGAGUUCGCCGUCUUUGACCCAAGCAAUGGGACAUGCGCCGACUAUCUCCGCGAUUUUAUUGCCGGGGACGGUUGGCGGAUCAAUUUGACGAACCCAGAUGCUACAUCGGGCUGCCGAGUCUGCGAGUAUAAAAGUGGUAGCGACUUUUUAACAACUCUCAACAUCAACCACUACUAUUACGGCUGGAGAGAUGCAGGAAUUACAGUGAUCUUUGCCAUCUCGGGGUACGCACUGGUAUUUGGUAUGAUGAAGCUUCGGACUAAAGCGUCAAAGAAGGCCGAAUAA